CUGACUUUAUGUUUUCUCAUGGUGCACUCGGCUGAACACCUUCAUGUGUUGAGUGCUGACCUCUCUCUCUCUGUCUCUCUCUAUUAACUUCUGUUCUGCUGCAGACUUAAAGGAUCAAAAUCAAGCAUCAGCACCAGAUCUGGACUUCUAUGGCCCCCCUGUAUUAACUCUCUCUUAGUGGGAGUGCAGGGCAGUUGUUCUUGGAAAUGAAGCCGUUCUGAGACGUGUGUUCGUCGGUGUUUGUGGUGGAUGUCUGUCCGUCCCAGUCUCUCCUCACCAUGGCAACAUCUCUACCAGUGUGUUACCACGGUGCCAUCACCAAGACGGAGUGUGAGGAGCUGCUGGGGAAGAAGAACAAGGAUGGAGCCUACCUGAUCCGAAACAGCGAGACCAUCCAGGGAGCCAUGUGUCUGUGUGUCUAUAAACAGAAAAUAGUGUAUACCUACAGACUGCUGACGACACACACUGGAAACUAUACUCUCAUGACAGCAGGAGGUGUGAAUGAGGUAUUUUUUAAGACUUUGGACGAACUGAUCCAUCACUUUAAAAGGAAGAACCAGGGCCUGGCCAUGCACCUGCGCCACUCGGUCAAAAGGAAGACGGCCAUGUUGAUCCAGCCCCAGAAACCUCCCGACCCACCUGAGGAAGUACCUGACUAUGAGAAUGUUACUGACUCAUCUGAUUACGUCGAAGUCUUGCCUCUUUGAAACAACUCUGACAUUUAGCUUCCAACACAUGAGGAGAGUGGAAAAGACUUUUUUAUCUGAGCAAUGGACCUCGCUUAAAAAAGGUUUACAGGCUUGAUCUAACUCAGAGUAAUGAACUUGGAAAAAUGGAUGCUGAAGAACAAGGCUCUUAAUCUGCUUGUAUUUCAUUUCAUAUGUCAUCAUUUGCAUAUGGCACAUCGAAACGUAUGUGGAAACCUAUUAAAGGAUGUCACUGAUGCUAAUCUCCUAUAUCAAAAGAUCUGCCUUCCAGGCAGCUGAAGGACGGUUUCAGUAUUUCUCAGCCCUGUCGUCAUUAAAAUGUCGUUUACCAGCAUUAAUACUUAUGCAGAACACAACUUCACAAUUUUUAUAGAGAAUCUAACCACUUUGAUCAUAUCUAUUCUUUAUUUCCUCUUUUCUUUAUUUUACGGACAUUACAUUUACAUUAAUACAGCGGAAACCCGUGGUUUUGUCUUGUGUGGUUUGUCUGCUGCACUGCAGUAUAGAUGCCCCAUUGUGCUUUUAUUUCCGUUAUUUUAAGGAACAUUUUACAUGUAUUUCUAUUACUGCACACACGGAGAAUGGGGGAAAUAUUUUAUAUUAUUUUUUUCUUUUCUUCCUGUAAAUAUCCACACUCUUUGUAAAUAGGAAUUUCUAGCAUUUUCUUGACCAUUUUGUCUUUUUAUGUGCGAUUAAAAUGUCACUCUUGCAGACACAAGAAACUCUGA